CGCCUUCACCUCCCGGUGCAUGCGCGGCGGGAGCAGCCCCAGGGAGCGCGGGGCCCGUGGGGGCCGUUCCGCUCCCUCCGUCCCUCAGGGUCGCCGCCAUGGUGCUGGAGAGCCUGGCCCGCAUCGUCAAGGUGCAGCUGCCCGCUUACCUCAAGCGCCUGCCGCUGCCCGAGAGCGUCGGUGGCUUCCUCCGCCUCACAGUUUCAGAAUGGCUCCGGUUACUGCCUUUCCUGGGUGUGCUGGCCUUGCUGGGUUACCUUGCUGUUCGUCCCUUCCUCUCCAAGAAGAAACAGCAAAAGGAUAGCUUGAUUAACCUUAAGAUCCAGAAGGAAAAUCCAAAAGUAGUGAAUGAAAUAAACAUUGAAGAUUUGUGCCUCACUAAGGCUUACUGCAGGUGUUGGCGUUCCAAGACGUUCCCUGUCUGUGAUGGCUCCCACAACAAGCACAAUGAAUUAACAGGAGAUAAUAUAGGUCCACUAAUACUCAAGAAGAAAGAAGUAUAGCAGAUGCUUAAUUUACUAGAUCACGACUGAUAAAGUCUUUUUAUAUCACUGUAGUUGAGAAGGACAGUAUUUUAUUACAUGAUUGAUAUGAUUUAGUUUAAUGAUUUUAGAUUUCUUUUUGGAAUAAACUGCAUUUAGACAGUGCUCAAUCUGUCACUGUUUUGAUACUUUAUUCUGAGAAGAAUUAUGUCUGCUUUGUAAAACUGUAAAGUAACUAUCUCUGUAAAUAAAGUCAUUUAUUUCAACAAUAAAAUUACUUCCUAC